UGCAUCAACCCGGGAUCCUGAGGGAAGGGCCGCGGUCUGCAGGGGCGGGCGGGCUGUGGGGAACAUGGCGGCGGCGGACCUCGCCCAGAUCGCAGAUGUGGACAUCGAUCCCGACGGGGUCUUCAAGUACGUGCUGAUUCGAGUUCAUUCGGCGCCGCCCUCAGAGGCCCCCGCUGAGGAGAGCAAGGAGAUCGUGCGCGGCUACAAGUGGGCCGAGUACCACGCUGACAUCUAUGACAAGGUGUCGGGCGAGCUGCAGAAGAAGGGCUACAGCUGCGAGUGCCUGGGAGGCGGGCGCAUCUCCCACCAGAGCCAGGACAAGAAGAUCCACGUGUAUGGCUACUCCAUGGGUUACGGUCGUGCCCAACACUCCAUCUCCACCGAUAAGAUCAAAGCCAUGUACCCUGACUACGAGGUCACCUGGGCCGAUGACGGCUACUGAGGCCUGCCCAAGGGGCCAGCUAUACCCUCUGGCCAGGUGUCAGAGACCGACGCCAGCCUGGCCCAAGCGCCACAGUUUACCUCAUCCACAGGAAUUAAAAAUGUUAUCUCCCCUGCUGUUCCCCUGAU